AUGCUACGGAACCAGCUACGGAACCAGUCGAUGGCCAGCCUCCCGCAUGGGCUGAGGUUUGUAAUCACCGAGCCCAUUGUAACAUUGGCUGACCCGGUCUUCAAGUGCCGCCCAGAGCUAUGUGAUGCUCUUCCCUGGUUCCGUGCAGUUCAAGGUGGUUCUUACCACUGUGACCACCUGUGCUGGGGGUUCUUGCUGGACGCUGACUGUGGUAUUCGAUCAUACAUCGAUGAAGAGGUGGUAAUUACAAGGGUCGGAGGCGGUUGCACUAAGGACGCAGAGGGCAACCUCAUCCUCGUUAGAGAUCAAGGCAGCGAUGAUAGUGCUGUCAGUAGUCUCGUUAACAGUAUGAAUCUGAAGGUUCCUGUGGGCCUUAUCAUAGGUGAAUCUUCUUUCUUGCAGCCAGAGUAA